CAGUCAAGUGACCGAAGCCGUUUGUCUUUAAAGCAGCUUGUUGCGGUCAGACAUAUACAGUUUAACUGGGGCUAUUUCUUUGUGUGUAGAUCUUCUUCAGUGGAGAAAAAUGAAGCUCGCCUGUUUACUGCUCCUGGCUCUGGUUGCAUGGACCUCCGACGCAGUUGUUAGGAUCCCCCUAACGAAGUUUCGUACCCUAAGGCGUUCGAUGUCCGAUUCAGGUAGAGCUAUCGAGGAACUCUUGGCCAACUCAAAGAACACAAAAUACAACCUAGGUUUCCCAUCCAAAUCUGGACCAACCCCUGAAACUCUGAAGAAUUACCUGGAUGCCCAGUACUAUGGUGAGAUAGGUCUUGGCACUCCAGUCCAGACCUUCACUGUGGUGUUUGACACAGGAUCCUCCAACUUGUGGGUGCCUUCUGUCCACUGCUCGCUUAUGGACAUUGCAUGCUUGCUUCAUCACAAGUAUAAUGGGGCCAAAUCCAGCACAUAUGUUAAAAAUGGCACUGCUUUUGCAAUCCAGUAUGGCUCUGGGAGUCUCUCUGGCUACCUCAGCCAGGAUGUCUGCACAGUCGGAGACAUUGCUGUAGAGAAGCAGAUAUUUGGCGAGGCCAUCAAGCAGCCAGGAGUCGCCUUCAUUGCUGCAAAGUUCGACGGCAUCCUGGGUAUGGCGUACCCUAGCAUUUCCGUAGACGGGGUUCCUCCGGUCUUUGACAUGAUGAUGAGCCAGAAGAAAGUGGAGAAGAACGUCUUCUCUUUCUAUCUGAACAGGAACCCAGAUACUCAGCCUGGUGGUGAACUCCUGCUGGGAGGCACAGACCCAAAGUACUACACUGGAGAUUUCCACUAUGUAAACAUCACCCGACAGGCUUACUGGCAGAUUCACAUGGAUGGCAUGACCAUUGGCAGUCAGCUGACUCUUUGUAAAGGAGGCUGUGAGGCCAUUGUAGACACUGGAACGUCUCUGAUCACUGGACCUGCUGCUGAAGUCAGGGCUCUCCAGAAAGCCAUUGGAGCCAUUCCUCUGAUCCAGGGAGAGUACAUGGUUGACUGCAAAAAGGUGCCUUCCCUUCCCACAAUCUCUUUCAAUCUGGGUGGACAGACUUACACACUGACUGGGGAACAGUACAUUCUUAAGGAGAGCCAGGCUGGUAGAGAAAUCUGUCUGAGUGGAUUCAUGGCUCUGGAUAUCCCUCCUCCUGCUGGGCCACUGUGGAUUCUGGGUGAUGUGUUCAUUGGACAGUACUACACAAUGUUUGACCGUGAGAACAACCGAGUGGGCUUUGCUAAGGCCAUUUAGGUCCAUCAUUUAGAUCCAUACAGGCUUGUCUUUUUGAGCAAAGGCUAGGAAAGGAGUAAGAAUGGGAAUGGGUACAGGAAAAACUCUAUACUCUCUACUAGAAUCAUAUCAGCUGCUAUUAUAAUAUCUGCUUAGCGAUAUGAUAGUAUUGUGUUUGCACUGAUCUUCUUUAGCCCCCCAAUACUCCGUUCAAUGAGCUUGAGAAGUUUUUAAAUCAGGGAAAGACCAAGAUGAACUACACAUGCUAGACGCAGAUAUGAUUACGUUCUUAAUGGAUUUUAACAUUGGGUUUUAUGUCGUUGAUUUCUAUUUAGCUUGUGAUUUUUUUUUUUUUUUUUUUGGUGUCUUAUUGAAAAUACCUCUUAGUAAAUUUGAAUGAAAUAAUAAUAAUUUUUUUUAGAACAUUAAAUUUAUACAAUCUUUCAUAUUUUACUACAUGGUCAUUUAUUGAUUUUAGUUUCUUUAUCUGGGUUUGAGGAAGUGCUUUGCAUUUGUCUGCCAUGAUUAAAAAUUGUGACCUAGUUGUUACUUGAUUACACCGGUUAUUAUUGUAAUUUAUACCUUCUCCCAAAUAAACAGGUUGGUUAAACAAUAAAAUAUGUGGACUGAACAAACAAACAAAACAAUAA